CGCGCGGGGCGGGCCGCGGGCCCGCUGCUGCGGCCCGCAGGAAGCCGCGGGGCGCUCGGAGCGGCGGCAAGGAGAAGGAGGCCUGGCCGCGGGAAGAGAGCUGCGGACAGGGAGGAAGAGGAGGAGCCCCCCCGCCCGCUGCAGGAAGCCGCCGGAGGAUGUACGGUAGCGCCGGGGGCCCGGCCGGCACACUGUGACAGCCCGCCCGAGCACCCCGCUCGCCUCGCCACGGCCGGCCGAACCCCUUCCUGCGGAGGAAAUAUGUCCAAGAUGCCGGCCAAGAAGAAGAGCUGCUUCCAGAUCACCAGCGUGACCACGGCGCAGGUGGCUAGCAGCAUCACCGAGGACACCGAGAGCCUGGAUGACCCGGAUGAGUCCCGCACCGAGGACGUGUCUUCUGAAAUCUUUGAUGUUUCCCGAGCCACGGACUAUGGCCCCGAGGAUGUCUGCGAGCGGAGCUCCUCCGAAGAGACUCUCAACAACGUGGGCGAGGCCGAAACUCCCAGCAGCGUCUCUCCCAAUCUUCUUUUGGACGGGCAGCUGGCUGUGGCUGCUGCUGGAGUGGCUGCAGCCCCCAACGGGGGGGCUGUGCCUAAAAGUUCGGCUGUGCCCCUGCCAGCUGCUGCCCCUGGCACUGCUGUGGGGGGAGGCAGCAGUGCUCAGGCUACCCUGCCUUCCACAGGGCCUUCUGCACCCAGUGCCCCCGGGGCCAUGUCUCAGACGGCAGCUGCCACGUGCAGCUCACGCUUCAGGGUGAUCAAGCUGGACCACGGUACUGGGGAACCCUACAGGCGAGGCCGAUGGACGUGUAUGGAGUACUAUGACCGGGACUCAGAUGGUGGUGGUGUUCUGGGCAGGACUGGAGAUUGCAUUAGGCACAGCAGCACCUUCGAACAGGCUGCUCAAGAGAGGGACAGUGGCCUCGGUGCCACAGGAGGUUCUGUUGUGAUUUCGGCUGUGCCAGCAUCAACCCAUGGCCCCGAUUCCAUAGCUGACAGCUCCCUGGCUGCUGUGUCACAGCUACUUCAGACAGAAAAAAUGAACCAGUCCUCUCUACAGCAACCUAAUUUUGUCAUUGGGCAACAACAGCAGCCGCAACAGCCCGUAGGUGGGGCCGUGCCUCAGAGUACUGCUCAGCCUGUGUUUUCUGGGGCUUCGGGAGCAAGUCAGCAAAUGAUAGUGCCGCAGCAACCACAGCCACAGGUAAAUCCACAGGGUAUUUCACAGGCUGGACCCAACGGGAAAGGCAUGGCACCUCCAAAUGUGACAGUAGGGCAGUCGAGCAUUCCUGUGGCCCAGCAGCAGGUGCAGCAGGCAAACAUACCAGUGACUCAGCCUCAACAAUUUGCUUAUUCUCAGUCCCAGAUUCCACCAGUGCACCUACUGCCGACGCAGCCUCCUGGGCAGGCUGAAUACAUGCAGCAUAUGACAAUUAUGCAGUCUCAAGGAGCUCUUCAGCAGGCUACUACAAGCUCUGCUUCAAGUACUGUGGCCUCCAGCCUUCCUGUGGGGCAGGUCACAGGCCAAAACCCCUCACCUGUGGGAGCACCAGUGAUGGGGGUGUCAGCGCAGCCCAGCGAAGCAGUCGGACAGGGAUCGGGGUUGUUGCAAAGUGGCCAGGCACAAGCCAGUCAACCUGCCAUCCCACAGCCGGGAGGUGUGGUGCAGCCAGGCCUUGGACAUACCGGGGUUGUGCAACAGAAAUCUGUGACUCAGCAUCCAGUGGGGGGAAGCAGUCAAGUGUCGGGAAUGCCUGGUGCUCCCCAUGCUGUGGUCCCUGGAGUUCAGAGCGUGCCUGCGGUUGUGCCCGGUACAAGUGUGCCUAGUGUGUCCACCACCGCUUCUGUUACUAUGCCAAACGUCCCUGUUACGCUGGUCCAGUCCCAGCUGACGAGCCACCCUUCUGUCAGCAGAAGCACUGGCGCAGUCCAGUCCCAGCACGUUGGACACUCGAUGAUGCAAGGUGCGCCCAGUGCAUCCGCCAGUCUGCCUCAGACAAACCUUGGACAGUUUCAGACCCAGGCCCAGUCCUUAGUAGGCCAGAUUGAUGAUACUAGAAGAAAAUCGGAACCCCUACCUCAGCCACCACUUUCUCUUAUAGCUGAAAAUAAACCUCUUGUGAAGCCUCCCAUUCCAGACACUCUAGCAAAUCCUCUUCAGUUACCUGCAAGUACUCCAAUGAACAGUCUUGCUAGCUCUGUUUUUGGCAUAUCCAUUCCUGUUGAUGGUGAUGAAGACAGGAAUCCGUCAACUGCAUUCUACCAAGCGUUCCAUUUCAACAAGUUACACGAGUCAAAGACCACCUGGGAUAGAACUGCUGCCUGUGUUCAGAACUCCAUAUUGGGCUUCUGCAGUUUGAAGAGGUGAAAGCAGUCAUGGAAGUGAAGUAUUUGUUCUGAAACAUGGAAAUAAACUCUAAAAUAUGACAUGACUUUUUUUUUUCUCCUUCCAUUAUGCAUGUAUCAUACGUGAUGUGUAAGCUCAGAGUUUAAUGCUAGUCAGCUCCUAGCUGACCUUUGCCAAAAUAUUUACUGUUUCCUUUUCCAGAAGAGGAAACUUUUUGGCAUUAAGUCCUGUAUCAAAAAACACAUUGUGAAAAUUUGUUUAAGCACAAUUUUGGUGAAGUUAAGAUAUUUCUAUCUUAAAACCAGGAAAGGAAGCUUUCUGGCUUACUUUCGUUCUGCUGAAGUAAAGCUGGAUGGGGAACACAGGUGAACUGUGACAAGGACAAAGUAAAUCUCCAAAGUUAGCAUUGAACUCAUUGUGAGAAACUGCAGUGAAGUGCAACAGAGUCUUAUCUGGCACAGAUAGGACUUGAGAGAAGUGCAUUACUAAUUCAUCAGUAGCUGCAAACCGUUUCUUUCCUGUGCUUUAAUGAUUUUGGGGGAUUUUUUUUUGUCAGCAUUAAGUUGAAGUCCUAGUGAUUACGUGAUUUAAUGCCUUGUGCUGCCCUGGCUUGUCAAAACUUCUGCUUAACAAGCUGUGUAGAAUGUAAAUUUUGUUUGGCUGUUGAAGUAUUGAUAACCAUUUCGUCACUGGACUGGCUGUAUUUGACUUGAAAGGCUUCUCAACUUGCACAGCUCAACUGAAUCCUUUAAAGUUUGCUUGUCAACAGUUUAUAUACUGCACAAUGAUGAAGGUUGUAAGUAAUGCUAAGUGUCCUGCUCUUCUUAAAAAAAAUUUUUUGUAUUGAUGGGGUGCUGGCAUUAAGCUCAGUUUCAAAGCACAUCUUCCUUUUUCAGCAGAAAGUUGGACAAAUUUACGGUUUUGCUUUAAGCUCUGGAUGAUGCCACUUCCCUGUAUUUAUGGAACAGAGCUGGUAUUUAGGUUUCAAGGACUCAUUAUUUCACUGGAACAAACUUCAGGGCUUAGAAUACACAUGUGGUUUGUAGACCAAAAAGUCACUUUGUGGUCUAGCUUUUAGCUGUUUUCUUUAUUUUCAUGCCUCAAAAUAAGUCUUAAGAUGAGGAAGCUAAUUUAAAAAAACCCUAAAAUCAAGUAAUGAAUGAUUAAGAUGGAGGCUUCACAAAUCUGAGGUUUGUGUACAACGCCUGAAGCAAAUGCUGGAAAUGUGGGAUAUAGAAGAGCAUUAAAUUCAGGUAGAAGAAAAUGGCUGCCUUUAAAAUAACCUUGCAUCUUUCCUGAUGAAUACUUUGUGGUAAAAACAAGUGUUUGUGUGAACAUAAAAUGAAAUUCAUCAGGAUUGAUGCAUGUUUUAAACUUACAAUCCAUUCAAAUUCCAAAGUCUUUGACAGGAUUUUGCAGGUUUUGCAUUUAUACCCCAGUCAUUGGAUUUUAAGGUCAUGUUAGGCAGCUUUCCUUCACGGAGUGACUGAAACUGAGAAGCUUUCAGCUAUAAACUUCCAGUAAAAGCUAGUGGAGGGAAUGUCAGGGGCAUCAAUGAGCAGUGCAGCUGGUUGUGGGAACCCUCGCAGGAUGGAGGUGGGGAGGUCCGUGUGGGCAAGACACAGCAGGGGCUGUAACAAGAACAUGGUGUGGGGCUUCUUUUUGUCAUCUCUGGUUUGGGAAAGAAAAAUCCCUGCUGUGAAAACAAUAAGCUCGUGUGACUUCCUCAGAAUCCCUUUGUUUCCCAUCACAAAAUGUGGGGGUUGACACACUGCAGAGCACCAGGACCAUGAGUCUGCUGGCAGUGAACUCUUAAUUACGUUUUGCAGCACUUCAAGAAGUAGUUUGUGAACCUGAGGGGCUUGAUUUAGGAGACUUUGGUGUAAACAGAAAAUCUUUGUGUUACUCUAGUACUUUUUUCUAACAAAUAUGGAUUAUUUUCCUAUGAGUAGCUGUCUCUGGGGACCUGUUGAAGUCAGCAGAGCUAGCCACACGAUACUGCAAUAGAGAACAAGAGAUUGCUGAACUGCUCCAGUGAAUAGAAACUAUUUGAUUUUUCACCAGCACGCCAUGGCAGGAAGAGUGCUGGUGACACUCAAACCAGUAAGUGUUAGAGAGAUACUGGUUGUUGCUGACACAUUAGCAGGGAUGUUUUCUUGCACAGUGCUCACAUAGGUGUUGCUGAAGGCACAAGUCUCACGCGUUGGUCUUCUCAACUGAUGUGGUUUAAGAAGGGGAAUAGUGGCUGCUUGGCAUAUUCACGUGAGUCGGGGUGACUGCUCUUCUGGGCCUGGGUUGUCUUUGCACAGUAAAGGUGCCGUAGCAGCUUUAGGUGGGUCUGCCUAAAGCACAUUAUUGGUAACUUGAAUUUAAAGCAGUAGGAUUUAUGUUUCCGUUGCAUUUAUGUGUGAAGCAUUAAACCUUCACAGUAUAAAUUAACUCAUGAAAUGUGUGUGGGAACUCCUGAGGUGGUGAAUUCACUGCCUCAGCUUGUCACACAUUCUCACAUGUCUUUGACAAAGAAAAAUAAUGGAAGUCUGCAGUACUCACACAGAUCCUGUUUCCAGGCUGGAUAGGUGAUUGCAUUGGGAUACUAUCAUUAUAAAAUCUCUUCAUGGGAUGGAGGCUAAUAAAAUAGGCCUUAACUCUUUCAAGAAUA